AUGUAUGAAGUGGUUGUUCUGUUCUGGGUAUGUUCGUUUGAGCGGGAUAACCAAGUGGAGGGUCUUACCGUCUUGGCUCAGGAGAACAAGCGGUGUGUCGUGGAGCAGUUCCUGCAGGCGGAGAGGAAAGAGGACUGUAUCCGCAUGCUGAUCCAGCUACUGAAUUCAUCAGAUAAUUGGCUAUGUGGCAGCGCUGCCCACCUGUUUGAGGUUCUGCUGGAGAGUGAGGGCAUUGGUGGGACACUGGGAGGAUGCCCUCUGCUGGAGAGUGAGGGCAUUGGUAGGACACUGGGAGGAUGCAGCGAGGGCGGCGGUGGCAGCCUGAUGGCUGUUUUGGUGCAGCUGCUCACAAAGGAUGACACGGACAUUGUCACAAAUGCAGCUGGGGCCAUAGCUUCUCUGGUGGAGAGCUGCGAGGGUCGUGAUUGGCUGCUGGGCCAGCCCGAGGUGUUCGGCCAGCUCCUGGAGAGCCUGUCGCGGCUGCUGAGCCACCCCAGGAGGAGCACACUCAACGCGGCCGCCCUGAUGCUUGCACGCCUGCUCCUCAGCGAGGACGCCUGCCGAGGCCUCUCCACACACCCCGUCGCCAGCAGCACCUGUCACGCUCUGCUGAGGUGUCUCAGCCACACCGAUAAAGACACAGCCAUGAACGCUGCCUUUGCUGUGGGUCGUCUGUGUGGCAGCAGGCAGGGCCGGGCUCUCAUCCUGGCUCAGGACACACAGCAUCAGCUGGUCAGCAGUCUGCAGAACCUAUUGUGCUCCGGGGCCGGGCCGGAGGCGGGGCAAACGGCCUGCUUUGCCCUGAGUUGCCUGGCGACGGAGGAAGACGGGCAUGCGGCGGUGCUGGGCUGGCCCUGGUUUCCCCGGCUACUGGACGGCCUGCUGCAGCAGCUGCAGAGGGGGCAGGAGGAGCCGGAGCCGGAGCGCGGAGACAGCCUCUGGUUCGCAGCCAUGGCUGCCAGGGUGCUUGUCUCAAGGCCAGAGGGAGUGGUGAAAGUGAGAGAACACAGACUGCUGGAGAAACAGCUGCAGGUGCUCCGACUCACCAUCACAUUUGAGGAGUCUGUUGAAAAAGAAAUGGACAUGUCGCUGUGCUCCUCGUUGGGUCCGGAGGUUCAGGAGGAGGUGCAUGCGUGUCUGAGGAGGCUGCUGCGUCUCCCUGCUCCCGCUCCAGUCAGCGCGCUCCGGCUGCCCUCAGGGGCCUACAGGGUCUCCUGGGAGAGGAGCGCGCCCCACAGCGGCCUGGACGCCACCUACUGCCUCCAGGUGGGUGACACAGUGCUGUACCGCGGCCCUGACUGUCAUGUGACUAUUGCGGCCACCGAGCUGCCCUCCGUGGGGACGCUCCCUCUGCGCCUCAGCCUCUCCACCUGUGACGGCGACGUCAGUCCACUCAGCAAGCCGCUGUUAGUACAGGUAGAGGUGGGGACCGGCCUGAGGGGGCCGGCUCCUCCACGGGAGCUGCGCGUGAUUGGGUGCACCUCCACACAGGUGCAUCUGAGCUGGGCGGAGCCUGAGGGGGAGGCGAGGGUGAAGGGGUAUCACAUCUAUCAUGAAGACGUUCUACUGGACAGCACCACUGAGCUGGGGGCUACAGUGAGUGGCCUGCGUCCCUCCACCCACUACCUCCUGCGCGUACGUGCAGUCGGGUUGAAUGAAACCGCUGGAGCCUUUGCAUCCGUCGAGGCCCAAACAACCCCCAGCAGUGAUCCUCACCAGGCCCUCCCAGUGGCGACGUCCCCUGACCGCCACCUCGACCACCACGCCCACCACGAGCACCACGCCCACCACGCUCCCUGCGCCCUCACCGUCGCGGUCCUGGGCCGCCACGAGCUGCACAUCAGCUGGGGCGCUCCGCUCUCGCCGCUGGGCCGCCUGUUCAACUAUGAGCUGCGGAUGAACGGCCAGGUGGCGUACCUGGGCACGGAGCGCUUCCACGCGGCCCGCAGGCUGGCAGCCAGCACCGCCUACACCUGCACCGUCACCGCCAUCACCUCCAGGGGGCGCUGCGACAGCCGCUCCGUCACCAAGAGGACGGCCAGGGACGAGUACCAGAACACACACAGAUGUCUCUACUCACCCAGCCGUCAGACUCCCACUCAGCGGGUCACCCCGUCUCCGCUGUCUCCCGAGGUCGCCGAGGUCAAGAGGAAGGUCAAAAAGUCACACUUUACACGUAAACAUCUGCCCGAGGUCACGCACGCCGGCCGUCAUCACCUGCGUGUGGUCGCAGACACAGACAGACACAGCAUCCCAGAUCACAAUAAGGAGCGUGAAGUGAGGAGUCGGCUGGAAGGGACCAGGAAUGCUGCUGAGCCUCAGGAGCCAUGUCUGUCGAAGGCACAAAGGGGGUCGCCCUUCCCUUUACCCCCCAAGACAGAGCUCAUCCACUGGGCUGUACAACCACCAGUGAACUGUGCUGGAGGUACAGCUGAAGACAGCUCAGGGACCUCACUGCAGUGGAGGAUUACAAGAAAAGGCCCGGGGAAGAGAGGCAGAUUGCCACUAAUCACUUCUCACACAUGCAAGGCGAGGUCCAUCCAGCCGGUAACUUUCUCCUGGAGCACUCUGGAUUGGAGUCGACUCCAAUCUGACAGGCUGCUUCCAAAGAGACUGGGGAUGGGACAUAGAUUUCACAGUGAGCCCAUUGCCACUAAGCCAUCAUCAUCAUCAUACCACCACGUUGCUUGGGGAGUGACCAGCAUGUGGACCCAGAGGGACCACAUCCACUAAGUUCACCUGUCCAUUGCAUAGUGCCUAUACUGUUGGUCUUAACUUGCCUGAUUAUCAUAGACUUGCAAUCGAGAUUCGAUCAACGCCGCCGAAGGUGUUGCGUCACCAGGAGGGCGCAGCCUGGCUAGGUCUUU